AUGAUUCGUCGUAGUUGUUCAAUGAAAGUAAAAGAGCGUAUUGAGCGUGCAAUGUCACAAAGGAUGUUCCUGGUUGAUAGAUCUGAAGUUAGUGAAUCAUAUCACAAGUUUGUAGUAUUAGGAUCAAUUGGAAAUGUUUAUAAUGUUGAGAUUUCGACUCUUCCUAAAUGUAGUUGUCCUGAUUUUUCGAGAGGGGGAAAUCUUUGUAAACAUAUUUUAUUUGUAUACUUGAAGGUUCUUAGAGUUAAUCCUAGUAGCAGUUACAUUUAUCAAAAGGCAUUAUUGACUAACGAACUUAGACAAAUCUUCCAAAAUGCAGCACCAAACCCAACUGUCUUGGCGAAUCAAAGAGUUCGUGAUAAAUAUGCAAAGAUUGUUGGUGGUGUUAACUCUGGUAGUGAUGAUGCUAGUAGUGUUAAAAGACCUCGUCAACCAAUUGAGGGUGAUUGUCCCAUCUGUUAUGAGACAUUGUCGGAAACUGAAAAACUUGUUUGGUGUAAGGAUUCUUGUGGAAAUAAUGUUCAUGAGUCUCUUAUGUUCCUACAAGGCCCAAGAGCACGUCAUGCAACUUACCUAGUAGCAAUGGAUAUUAGUACAUUAGAUGGUACAAUUGAUGCAGCAAGAAAUCUUGAAACUGGCCAAACUUACACUCGAUCUAUUCCAUCAAGCGCAUCAGCAUCCCUUAGUGGACAAGUGAACCAAAUUAAUGAUUUGGAUCGUCAACAAUCUAAAGAACUUAAACAACCUGAAAAUCAGUUGAAAAGUGAGCAAAGUACAAGAAUUCGAUAUUUGGAAUGGAUUGGAAGAAAACAAAAAGUCAUCAUUGAAAAUGCUGUUGUGGCUGCAACCAUAGAUAACGGAGCUGCUUCUAGUGUUGUUUCGAAGCUCCUACUUGAUGAAUUAGGAUAUGAAAUUGAACAAACUACUAACAAUACUCUUAUUAAAGCUGUAGGAAGUCUACCAAGACCAUUAGGAAAGAUUAAUUAUUUCUCCAUUUGUAUUGGAGCCUUUUACACUCCCAUCUCUUUUGAUACGACUGACGUUAAUAACAUCAAUUACUGCUGGGUUGAAGAAGAGGAGUAUUGUGGUCCAACUACUGAAAAUGAUGAAGAAGGAGGAGAAAAAAUUGAAGAAGGAAGUGUACGAGUUAAUUUAAAUGUUGGCCCAUUAACUACUCCUCAGAAAGAGAAGUUUUAUAAACUAGUUGAAGAAUGUCAAGAUAUUUUUGCAAGAGAUGAAUCAUAG